AUGGCCAUCGCGUCUUUUCUGGCUGGAUCCCUACCCCUGUCAUUUACCCUUUCCCAGUCGAGACUACGAUUAAUAUCUACCAUUGGAAUGGGGGUUCUGGUUGGCACAGCGCUGAUAGUGAUUAUACCCGAAGGCGUCGAGACCUUGUACAGCGCGAGCGAUUACUCUGCAGAGGCGCACAGUCGAAGGAAUACAAUGGAACAUGCCAGCGUGGUGCAGCGGGACGUUGAAGGACUGCAUACCCUUAACCUCCGGGCAAUAUCCCUGGAAGAUGAAACGCCAGAUGCGAACCCAUACAAUGUUCUCCCCGGGCCAGUCCUGCCUGAGGAUACAAAAGCGCAGCAAGGUGAUCCAGACGCUCAUUCGAAGAACCCCCCAGUAACGCCAACUGAACCUGGCAAGGUUGGCAUUCUCGAGGACGACACCUCUACAAUAUCUGCUCCGUCCCUUGAGAAACCAGGGAAGACGACGGAAAGCUCUCAAGAAAAGCGUGAACCGCAUGCCUGGAUUGGACUCUCCUUGAUAUGCGGCUUCAUCCUCAUGUAUCUCCUCGAUACCCUACCAUUCCUCGCUCCACCAACGCCGCAACGGCCUCACAGCAACAUUUACUCUCUCUCGGAUCUCUCCACGUCUCCUCCACCUACUCCUGCAACUCCGCAACGUUCCAUGUCGACCACACUUGGCCUCUGCAUACAUGCAGCAGCAGAUGGUAUCGCACUUGGCGCAUCAUCUUCGUCUACUUCCACCACCUCAUUAUCUCUAAUCAUAUUUGUGGCCAUCAUGGUCCACAAAGCGCCGGCUGCGUUUGGACUCACCUCAGUUUUACUCAAGCAAGGACUUGGGAAGAGGGCCGCAAGAGCACACCUGAUUAUCUUUAGUCUUGCCGCGCCAGUGGGAGCUGUGGGGACGUGGGUAGUCGUUAGGACACUGGGAGGGGGAGGUAAUACAGAACCAGCACUGAUGAAGUGGUGGACGGGAGUACUGUUACUGUUUUCUGGGGGAACAUUCUUAUAUGUGGCAAUGCACACAAUGCAAGAAGAAGACAGUCAAAAUGCAGCACAAGACGAAAGCCAAAGCAAUGGCUAUUUAGAAUCAGGAGGGCGACCGUCUCGUCGACAGAAGGGGGGCAGAAAUCCAAGGCUGGUCCUGGCUGCGGUGGGAGGUAUGCUGUUACCGCUGAUCACUCAGAUAGGUCAUGCCCAUUGA